UGUCGCGCUGAGGAGGGAAGUGGGGGAAGUGCUUUGUGUAUAAUUUCGUUGGCGUUUACGGACGUCAUUUUGACUUUCUUUAUUCUGGCCUAUUUACUGUAAUGCACCCGCUGGCGGCGGGCGCUGCUGUGUACUUACCGACCAUCUUUCGCUGCAUUGCUUGCUUGUACCGCGCGUCACCCACUCAUCCCCCUCUCCGCCUCACGUACUUAUUCUUUGACUCGUUCUCUCUCGCUUCUUUGGUCUCGCUCAAUCGUCUCACUACACGCUCGUCCCUUUGAAUGUUCUUUACCCACUUGACUCCUCCCCGUCUUCCUUGUCCAUCCCACCAUCCUCAUGCAUGCACAUCUCAUCUCUUGCAUCCCAUGUUCAUCUGCAGCAUCUUCAUUGUUUGCAUCUCCAUGUCUCGUCCAUACGUAUGCAUGCACCCUUUUGUUGUAUCACCUCCGUUCGACUUUGUUAUAAUGGCGUUCCUUUGCCACUGCUUGCGGCACAUGCUAGUAGUAGCUACAUGUCGUACCGUACCUGCGAAUGGGAUGUUGUUUUCUCUCUUGUCUUCGCUCCGAUGGUGCGCGUCGGUGGGGCAAAAGGCAGCGGCCAUGGAUCAGUCGCCAACCAACACAAGCCUCAUGCCGACACGUCCAGCCGUACCGUACACCCACAAAGCACACCAUCAGCUCACAGUAAAUGGGUAA